UCUCGGUAGCCGGGCAUGGCGGCCACCAGGAUGUCCCUGCUGCGGCCGCUCCGCUACUGCCUGAUGGCGCGGCCCGGGAGCUGCGGGGCCGGGUCCCCGCGGCCGCAGUGGCCCCCGCCGCCGGGGAGCGCGGUUCCCGCCGCGCGCCGCCUGUCCGCCGCCGCCUCCAGCAAGGAGCUGCUCGUGGCGCUGCGCCGGAAGACGGGCUACUCGUUUGUGAACUGCAAGAAGGCGCUGGAGACGUGCGGCGGGGAUCUCCAGCAGGCAGAGAGCUGGCUCCACCAGCAGGCGCAGAAGGAGGGCUGGAGUAAGGCCGCCAAGCUCAGCGGGAGGAAGACGAAGGAAGGGCUGAUCGGGCUGCUGCAGGACGGAAACGCGGCCGUGCUAGUGGAAGUAAACUGUGAGACAGAUUUUGUUUCCAGGAACGAAAAGUUUCAGCAGUUGGUGCAGCAAGUAGCCCUCGGAACCAUGUUGUAUUGUCAGAGCCUAAAGGAUCAACUCUCCACAUACCGGAAAGGCUUCUUGAAUUCCUCGGAGCUCUCCGAACUCCCCGCUGGGCCGGGGCGAGAAGGAUCCCUUAAGGACCAGCUGACCUUAGCCAUUGGGAAACUGGGGGAGAACAUGACGCUGAAGCGCGCGGCCUGGGUGAGCGUGCCCGCCGGGCUCCACGUCGGCGCCUACGUCCACGGCGCAGUGCAGGGCCCCGCCCCCCACAGCCCGCUGCUGGGGAAAUACGGGGCCCUGGUGGUCUGCGAGGCGGCCGAGCCGAAAGCCAACCUGGAGGACAUCGGCCGCCGCCUGGGGCAGCACGUGGUGGGCAUGGCCCCCCUCUCCGUGGGCUCCCUGGACGACGUGCCCGGCGGCGACUCGGAAACCAGGAUGCUGUCCCAGCCGUACCUGCUGGACCCGUCCAUCACGCUGGGGCAGUACGUGCAGCCCCAGGGGGUGUCUGUCGUGGACUUCGUCCGGUUUGAGUGUGGAGAAGGCGGAGAGGCGGCAGAGGCCGGCUAGGCGCCAGGACUCCGACCCGGGAAGAAGCCCUUGUCUCCGCCCUGCGAGGCCUCUCGAAACGGAGCUGACACCCUAAGCCUCUUCGAACCCUGACCGUGUUUCUCGUUUUUUAAGUUUAUAAUGAAAUUACAAGCAUCAUGGGUAAAGCUAAUAAAAUUGUGUAAGAAAGCGAAAA